AUGGCGAGGACUGAGACUCAGAAGCUUGCCUCCAAGAUUGUCCCGCAGACGACGGUGGUAUCCGAUAUGGAGAAGAUUCAACUUUCCUCGUUACCGAAAAGUGACGAGGAGGCAGCACGAGUUGAUGAGGAAGAGCUAGUAAUGGAUCAAGGACUUGUCGCAUGGCUUCAAGUUCUUGGAAGCUGGAUUCUGUUUGCCAACACCUGGGGAUUGUCAAACUCAUUCGGAGUCUUCCAAGCCUACUACUCCAACAACCUUUUACCAGACGUCAAUCCUUCGACUAUUUCCUGGAUCGGAUCCAUCCAUAUCUUUCUGAUGAUGCUCAUCGGCGUCUGCGCGGGUUGGCUUCUCGACGCGGGGUAUCUCCGCUUCAUCCUCAUUUGUGGCACUACCAUGACGUCCCUCGGUCUCUUUAUGCUGAGCUUGUGCACGAAGUAUUGGCAGAUCCUCCUUGCGCAGGCGCUCUGCGUCGGAACAGGAAGUGGGUUGCUAGGGUUGACAUGUGUUGCUGUGAUCCCUCUUUAUUUCCGCAAGAGGAGGAUGGUUGCGACUGGCAUUGCUGCUACGGGAAGCAGUCUAGCGGGAAUCGUGUAUCCCAUCACGGAGAGACGUCUGAUCGCCUCUAUUGGCUUUCCUUGGGCUGUUCGGGUGUUCGCAUUCAUCGUCACCGGAAGUCUCCUGAUAUGUAUUGCAAUCAUGCGUCUUCGACCCAAUCUCAAGCGGCGUGGAGCUUUCUUUCGCCUGGAGCACUUCCGCGAUGUCCCCUAUGUGUCGUUCUGUAUUGCCUUCGCCUUGAUGAUCGGCUCUGUCUACGUUCCCUUUUUCUACGUGGAUGCCUAUGCCAUCCGUUUGGGUGUAGAUCAAGACACGUCUUUUUACAUCCUCAGCGCCAUGAACGCUGCAAGUCUCCUCGGCCGUCUAGUUCCCAACUGGCUCGCUGAUAAGUACGGUGGCAUGACAAUUAUGCUUCCCUGCUGCCUCUGUUCGGCUGUCGUUCUCUUCCUCUUCCGCUUUGCGACCGACCUGCCGGGGUUGAUUGCGAUAUCGAUUGUCUACGGGUUCGUCUCGGGCGGUAUGGUGUCUUUGCCCCCUGCUACUAUUGCGAAUUUAACAGACGACUUGUCAGAGUAUGGGACAAGGAUGGGCAUGGGAUACACCAUCGCAAGCUUUGGCGCAUUGAUCGGGAAUCCUAUUGGAGGUGCUGCACAGCGUCCGCAAGGGGACACGGCGGCAGAUGUGCAGAGGGAGUUUCAGGGGACUUGGAUCUUUGCUUGUGGAUUCAUGCUCGCGGCUGUCAUUGCGAUGGUGAUAUCAAAGUACGUAAGAGUUGGGUCUGUCUUGCGUGGUAAAUGCUAGCACCCAAUAAUCUUGCUGAAGUCUACUCACUAUAGGCUUCAAUCCAGUGCCAUGAAUUCACCAAGAUCUAGUUAGACAAAGAGUAAAAAGUAACCUCUGCAAUCAUCGUCCUGGCCGGGAUGGUGACGGAGAUGGGAAAGCCACCGUAAUCUGGGUCCUCAUUAGGCAUCAUUGCGAACUUGCCGCUCCUCGUCUCAUCCCCGUUCAACACACGACUUGUUUUCAGGCGGCCGGCCCCUUCGUCUUCAACAAUCUUCUCCUCAAACGUCAGAAUACCGGUGAAGUUAGUGCCCUGACCCAAUGCCUUUGCUCUGACCUGAAAACCCCAGCCGAUGAGCAGGAACUUGCCUCCACCACGAUGGAUCACCAUUCCAGCCCCUGUUCCUGGCUUGCCGAACACGAAGCACCGCUCUAUGGCGAUCUCAAAGUCUCCCCAGGUGCGACGGAUGACGGGGCUCGGGUCUUUUCCGGCG